UUCAGCGUGUUCGUUGCUGUCGAAGUAGUUCUCGGUUACUGGUGCCCUCUUGGAUGUUACUAAAGUUUCUAACAUCAAGAUUAAACAUGGCCAAAGUUAAUGCUGGUACGUGUAGCUGCAGAGCCAUGGUCAUGGCUGGCCAGCUUUUGUCUAAACCCUCACCACUGAGCCAGCAAAAUAACCGCCAGCAGAGAUUCCUGAAACUUCAGCGCAGAGUGAUGGCCACCAGCGCCGCUGGACGGGGCAACAAAACCCCGGCUUUGGUUCAACAAGAAAUACCCAGUUCUCUCCCACUGUCCGACCGUCACAGUGUGUCAAAUCGCACAUUUAUUUACCGGGACGUCAAAGCAUUUCUUAAUGAAAUAGGCGGAGAUCCCAGAGAAGCUCGCUACUGGCUCACACAGUUCCAGAGAGCAAAUCUUUCCCAAGUGCCUGCAUUUGCUGUUUUGGAGGUUGAUGAGUCUGUAUUCGAGAACCGUGAGAUGCUGCAGAGCCUGGCCUUCGGGCUCUCCUUCCUGCAGCGGAUGGACAUGAAGCCAGUGGUGGUAAUGGGGCUCCUGUCAGGCAGCUUGGCGGAUGGAGAUGAGCCCAGGGCGGAGCUGGUGCGCCGUUGCCAGUUGCUGACCGAGGUGCUGCAGCACAACACUGCCAGUGUCAUGCCCUUCUUCAGCGCCGAGGCCCUGAUUCAGGUGCAGGAGCCGCCUCAGGGCAGCAGUGUCAGCCCCUCCUCCAUCACUGUGGAUAUGGACCUGCUACAGUGGAGCCUGGACUGCGGCACCAUCCCGCUGGUGUGUCCGGUGGGCCGCGAUCCGUCGGGCCGCUCGGUGGUUCUGCACUCUGUGGAUGUUACCGCGGCAGUGGCGCGAGCGCUGCAGCCUUUUAAGGUCAUGUUCCUAAACAACAGAGGAGGCCUCCGCUCCCAGAAACACAAGGUUUUGGAUUCGGUGUCGUUGCCGGGCGACUUGCCGGCUUUGUCGGAGGCAGCUUGGCUGACGGCAGUCGAACGUCGGCAGGUGUGUGCCAUUGCACAGCUCCUGAACCAACUGCCCAGCGAGUCUUCUGCUGUGGUCACCUCUGCCAGCACACUCCUGACCGAGCUUUUCAGCCACAAGGGCUCUGGAACACUGUUUAAAAAUGGAGAUCCCAUUCACAAGUACAGCAGCCUGGAUGACAUCGACCUGAACCGCCUCCUCAUCCUCAUCAACAAGUCAUUUGGGAAGACUCUGAAGGAGGAUUACAUAGCGUCACUGAAAGGUCGCUUGCACUCCAUCUACCUGUCUGAGGGGUACAGCGCUGCUGCCAUCAUCACCACGGAGAGUGUGAGCAGUGGCACGCUCUACCUGGACAAGUUUGUGGUGAGCAGUAGCAAGCAGGGCCAGGGCACCAGCCAAAUCCUGUGGGAGUGCAUCCGCCAAGACCUGGGCAAGCUCUUCUGGCGGUCCCGGGCCACCAACCGCAUCAACCCCUGGUACUUCAAGCACUGUGACGGCAGCUUUGUCAACGGCAGCUGGACCGUGUUCUGGUUCGGCCUGACGGACAUCAGGGAGUCGUACGAGCUGGUGGAGUACGCCAAGCGACUGCCCGACGUCUUCUGCAGCCCAGAGCAGACGGACAAGGCAUUGGAGCCCCCACCAGGAUCCUGAAGAGGCUACCAUCUUUGCCUUUCUGCUAAACCCACAACUCAAGCUGUGAGAUGCCACAAAUCGUCGAGUUACUUUUGACAUUAAACCACUAUCAGACACCUGCGCCUAAAAGCUUGCAGUUAUUUGAACCAUCACCAUUUCAUUCGAGAUCUUGAUUGUUGGCCAAAUCUGGGGCCUAAAUAGGAUGGGUGUGAGGUGUGUAUUGUCGCUGUGCUUCAUCUUGUUAUGUCCCAGAAAACACAAUUCAUGAAAAGACCAUUCAAAAAAGGACUAAAUUGGAUAGAUGACUGUGACAAAGGUUUUGCAUGUCCAAGUUUACUAAUGCAUGGCAGGUCAUUCCGGUGUUUGUAGUAGGUUAUUAAUACACUCCAUUUGCUUCAGCUUGCUUGGCCAUUCAUUUACACUUGGAUAUGGAAAGAGUAAUUAAGGAAGUACAGAUUGGAACAUCAU